AUGAUCGAUCCAAACGACUGCGACUAUUUCAGCUGGGCUCCAGAGAGCCACGAAUUCCUGAAAGACACUUACAAAAAAUACUCAUUCCUCAACACAAUACCGCUCAACGUCAAGCGAGGUGCAUUCCGCAACAUGAAUAACACUCUCAGCGACUACGUUCUAUCGGAUCUAUUCAAGAACUUGGAGCAGAUGCGCUGGGCAAUAAACAACAUCAAGUUUGGCAUGCAGCUUCCAGUUCAAGAUGUCGAUAUGAUUUCGGACGCAUUCAAGCAGUACAGCGACCUCCUGUUCAUCUUGCACCGGAUGAGCCGCGAGGAGACAUACUCUGAAAAUGAUAUUAUUGAAAUCACCAACAGUUCCAUGCUUGAGCUUGUUUGUCGGCAAAGCACGCUGUUCAAUCCACGGUUAUUUUUUGAGGACGAGCUGCCCCUAUGCACGCUCAACCACCAGUUCAGUGACCAGCCCACGUUGACGCGAGAGUCGUGUUUGCUCCCUGCAAAGCAGCUGCCGCUGACUCCCAAGGUGGAGCCAGAGCCGGAGCCGGGGCCUAGCAAAUCCAUAAGCAAGCUCGAGGUGCCAAACGGCAACAUACAGAGACGAGGCUCAGUGGCAGACACCAUUUUGGCAUCCCGACUCCAGGCGGCAGAUGGAUUCCUCAGCAACAUUCCUGAACAAAGCUUUCCCAAGUCACCAAUGCCAAUGUCCUUUAUACCCCCCAGAAGCAGCACAGACAACGAGCCGCCGGGUAGCAAACACAAACAUACCACAGAGCGCAUUAGCAGGCGCCGAACAAACACAUUGUCCAACAUCAGCCCGAUGGCUACAGCAACCUCCAAUCCCAAAACCAGGUCGGUCGGCUCCGCAAAUUUACUAAUAUCACACGCGCGCCACAUUCGCACAAUGGAGCUCUGGGAGCGAUAUGUCAGCCUUCUUUCCCGCGUACUAAAGGUUUAUUCGACUAUAAUGCGCUUGCUACAGCCGGACGUUUCAAGCGACAUUGCCUACAAUAUAACCAGGUACAUGAUGCUUGUGGCCGAUAUUGUGCUUUCUCAGGGAGGCAAAAACCCGCGACUCAAAGUUUGGGUUAACAAGUACAAGCUGCACUUCAACGCCGAUAUCUGGGACAAGACAUGGGGCACUAUCGGCGAGCGCCUGGAAUACGACGCGGUCAAGCUUGCCAUUGACGUUUGGAGCCGUGUCAUUGCCAUGCCAAACGUAUCCAACGACGUGGUGCUAUUUGACUUUGAGAACUGGCUUCACCGCGAUAGGGUACUCGACUGCUGGCUGCAAAUAACCAAGCAGGUUUCAAAUAGGGUUCUGCACGCGUAUUAUCCCUACGACAAGACAGUUGGCACAGACACCAUCCAUGUGCGGUUUUUGGAUUUUAGCGUGGCCGGAAAGACCAACGACGAAGAUGCAAUUCUUCUGUUGCGCACGUAUGCGCAGACCAGCAUGGACCUGGAUUCUGCGAGCAGCCACGCAUUUUACCUGUACUCCAACAAUAUAACCGCAAUGGUUAAACUCGGGCUUUAUAUCAAACGUAUUGUCGAGAUUGAUGGUGCAAAAUACGUUCAGGACUCGCCGACGGCCAACUACGCGCUGCACCUGUUUGGAAAGCCGCUGUUUGAAAUUGCAAAGCAUAUUGGAAAGGUAACACCUUACUAUAUCGAGGCACGCUGCCGAGUCAUAGCUUUGUUCUCUCAGAUACUGGUGCUAGCUGAGGACCCAAAAGACCCCUUGCGAACAUGGUAUCGGAACAGUAUCAUCAGCAUACUUGACAACGAGAUAAACAAUCUUAGCCACGUCCAGGCAGUACUGCCGAACGUCCCGAUGCUAUUAAAGAGCUCGCGUUACGUCCGGCCAUUCAUUGCUCCGCUAUUUGGCAUGGUGUGCCGUGUGCUUCCUUGGGUCAACGAUGUUCCGCUGGUUCAAAGCGAAAUUAGUCUGCGGUACCUCGGCUACAACGCGCUUUCUGCAUUAAUUUCGUUUGUUGGAUACUACCACGAGAUCGGCUGUUCAGACCUGAUCGCUGACACGGACAACAUGGCCCAGAAUCAGUUUACCAAAAACGUAGCUCAAGACAAGAACAACCCCAACCUCCACUACAAUCAGUUUAAGGAGUCGGCGUUAGAGGACAGCGUGUUCAUGAGCUACCUGCACUUGAUCUUCCAGGUUCUGCUCAGCUCAGCCAUUGGGGAGAAGGACUUUUUCAACUUGCAGUGUUUGACAUGUGUAACUCUGGUAUACCUGUACCAGUAUGCGGAGCACAACUCGGGCUAUGCCGUUCUGUUCAUCGAGCUCUACGUUGAGCUCCUGCGCAACACGCGCGAUGACAAGCUGGCCACCGUGUACAUUUACGGGCUGACCCAAGUGGCAACGAUUACCUGGAAGAAUGUCCUUUCCGAAGAGCAGCACCGGAGUAUUCUCGUCGCUCUAUUUCAUGGUCUUUCAAACUGCGACCAUGAUCUUAAACGGUUUACACAUUGGGACCGGUACCACCAAAUAUUUAUCACUUCGAUUCGCUGCCUGAGUGUCUGGAUGUCGGUGUCUGCAGAGCAAGCCCUGAUGUUACCCGAGUUAUUGGAUGAGACGACAGAGUUGCUAAAGCGCUGCAAUAUGUUCCUCAGCACAGCAGACUCGCCAAUGUACUCCAUACACGGCCCGCUCGAGCGCAGGGUCAACUUGGGCACAUCUGUCGAAUACAACGAGCACAUGUAUCAGCCAGGCAGCUGGGCCGGUUUUUUGAACAUCUCACGACAGCCUUACACGCAGAAGGAUACCAGUGAAAAUAUAGUUUCAUAUACCACAUUGGAUUCAUUUUCCAAGUCUGAUCCGCCGCCAUCCCAGCGCAUAUCCAAUACUAGCAAAAAUCACACAGUGCGUGUGUUGACAGACUCGCUGCACAAGGUUCUAACGGCGACCAUCUCUGUGUUUUCAACCAUCCUCCUCCGGAUCAUCAACAGAGACCAAUAUAACGGCUCUUACGCGCCGCACGACACGCUGCUUGUGCACUCGGUGCUCCAACAAAAAAAAGUACCUGAUAACAGCGUCAUCUUCAGCGCAUUUGACACCAAGCUUAACCGCUUGAUGAGGGAUUUUACCCCGGUAAGUGUCACCUUCUUCUCGGCCUACCACAGCAUGAUCUACUCCAUUGUCAAUUUCAAGCAGUUCAGUAACGGCAAGUGGUCGGAUAGCGCGAGUCUGCACACGAGCAGGUAUUCGAGCGGCUCCAAGCAAUGGAUAGUAUUUACGUCCAAGCCCAAGGCAAUGGCAGAGUUGGAUCCAGGCCCAGAGAUAUAUCCCGAUGUGCCCACCACUGGUGAGCUGCCGUACAUGCCAACCCUUGAAACUGCUUACGCUUCGAAUACAGAUGUCCAGCCAUGGGUUCGCAUAGCAGAUGGACUGUUGGGCAGCAACCCAUUGCGCUCAACAUUCGGCGCUGCAGACAAACUUCAAGGCAUACAUCGAACAACACCGCUGAUUAGCGACGAGGGCGAAGAGAAAAUGGAGCAGCGGACGGCUGGUGACUUUGACAAGCUACACAACUUGCGCAUAGAGCCCGAUAUCGAGUUUACACCAGUACAACCUUGCGAGCAACUGCACCGCGGCAACAACCACUACCGGCGCAAUCUCCAUUUGCGGCACUCGGUAGACUCGUCAUUGCUGGAAAUUUCCGAGCCAAUGCUGCAAGAUUUGGACCAUCUUGAUAAUUUGGACAAUCCGUUCACUGCUUAUGCCGGCGUCAUUUACAUGAGAUCGGCCAACUCCCUGGCGACGGAAUGCACACUGGCCAAGGGUCCGCUCAAGGGCGUCAGCCCCGAGUUUAACAAUUUUUUGAUGACAUUGAACCGGGUGCCCUUGCCGCCGGUCGAGCGGCUGAAGACCCAUCCAAGAGACCCGACGAUCAUGCGUUGUUCGUUUAGCAUCAGGAGCUUCGAGGUCAUUUUUGAUCUGGCGCCUAACGUGAGCUCGCUGAUCAGCGGCUGCAAAAUGGGUGCGCACGAUAACGACUGGUUCUAUGAUAUGAUGCAUGAGCGCGGCAUCUAUGUGAUGUGGUUUGACAGCCACAUGGGCAACAUUGACAUGGACUUGGCCUGGCAGUUUGUCGACGACAGAGACAACUUUGGUUCCAAGCAGCGCGCAAAUACAUCGAAUUCUGUCAAGUCCCACUCAGAAAGGAAUCGCGCUUCUCACGACAGGCACCCGCACCAUUCAGACAAAAAGGAAAACACACGAUUCAAGCCCAGCCUGCCCGUGUCGAAUGAGACCAUUCAAUCGGCACCCACGCAUGUAGAACCAGUUUCCGAGACGUCUGGGAAGGACUUUUCUUCGAUUCAGUCGUUAAAGCCGGAAAAGGUGGAGAAAAAACGCGACUUUUUAGCCGAGCCUAUACAGAACAAGUCCAAGUCCAAGGCGCGGGAGUUCUUUCAAAAGGCCAUCCAUAUCACUCGCCGGCAGGCCUCAAGCCAAAAAAGCCCACUGCCUUCGCGAGAAAACAGCGAGCCCUGCAGUAACCCCUGCAGCGAGCAAAGUAGCAUGAGCAUUCAUGUUAACGACCAGCAGCACGACAGCAAGCUCAAUUCUCACUAUGCUCAAUCGCCACCCUGUGCGGAUCCUGUUUUCAGGAACAAAAAUACACCAGAAACUCCUGUUUCUGCGUUUUCAACGAACAGUUCGAUCGCCAAAAUGCACAUGGAUAAAUUUUCGAUGAGAGGGGUCGUGUCGACGCCCACAUCGCCUUUAAUGCAUUCGCCGAAAAGUAUCAAUACAGGGCCUAAUGUCGAGACGGGCCGUGAUGGCAAUUUUCCUGAAUCCAUGCCAGUCGAGAGUAUGGCUGACACUUCUGUACCGAAAAUGCGGGUCCUCAUUGCGGUGGCUCCAGUUGACCACACAUGUGGGCAUUUGGUCAAGGUGUCGAUGUCUGCGAGUGGUGGCUCGAAGCAGAUGAACGACGAAUUUAUCCGCAUGACCGGCCCGUUAAUGUCUAGCACGAUUGUCGAGACAAAGCAACUUGCUGCUCUGUUGUCGACUACAGUCACAGAUGCAUCGGCGAACAUUGCGUCCUUGAAUUGUGAUGACUUUUCGGUUGUUAACAGGCGCAUGGGGAUGAUCACAUCGAUUAUUGAGAACUACUGCGUCAAGCACAAGACUGUCGACGACCUGCACAAGUACUUGUUCUCUGUCGGAAAGAGCGGGGUACAAAGCACAUUUGCCAUUCCACAUACGACUACUGAUGUAAUUGCAAAAAACGACGGAAAUGCCGAUGCUAUAAAUCACCAGAAAUAAUUGUGAAGCUGUG